UGAUGGACCGAAUUCCUAAUAAGUCAUUGGUACGUCAGAGAACUAAAAAUACCGACGUAGCGCGAAAAAUCUGUAAGCUUAAGUGGCAAUGGGCUGGACAUGUCUACAGGAGAGCUGAUGGCUGAUGCAACAGGUGUAAUUGUUCUAGAGUGGCGACCACGUCAGGCAAACAAGGUAGGACGCCCGGCGGCAAGAUAGACGAACGACCUGAGGAAGGUGGCCGGAAAUCGCUGGAAUCAGGUGGCACAGGGCUAAUGGCGUGGCGUGGGGGAUGCAGAGGGAGCCGUGGCCCCGAGCGGCACAGUUGAAGUAAACAUGGAGGAAAGUGUUUGCAUCAGCAGAUUCUUUUCACAAGAAAGCCAAUGCGAGAAAAUAAAUCCAAAUCGUAUUCCAAGAUCGCCAACCCCAUCAACAGACAACUCUUCACAAGAUUUAAGCCAAAACUCUAUAGAAGACGAACUACAUCUAUCACAGUUAACUAUAGAAGAACUGGAAAUAUUGAAAAUACAGCCCUUUUACAAUAUAACUCCUAGAGACAUGCCCUCAUCACCUCACUGUGUAGUAGAAGAAGUGUUUUCUUCUAACCCCUGGGCAAUGUUAAUAGCAACAAUAUUUUUAACAAAAACGUCUUAUAGAACAGCUAGGCGCUACAUCAAAAGUUUCUUCGAGGAAUACCCGACUCCGUACGAUGUUUUAAACGAAAAACCAACUUCGUUAGAAAGAUUUUUUGAUAAUUUGGGAUUAAGGAAGCGUGGAAGUAUGAUUUGGAAAUUAAGUUACCAGUUUGUUUCUUCCAAAUGGCGUCGAGCAAGCGAUUUAUACGGGAUAGGAAAGUAUGGGGAGGACGCUUAUAGGAUAUUUUGUUUGGGACAUACGGAUUUGGAUCCUGGAGACAGAUAUUUAAAGUUGUAUUUAGAUUGGUUGACGGGACAAACUGAGUUUUUGGAAUAUAAUGGGAUUGUGGACAGUGAAUGCCUUAUUAAGGAUCCUGUUUUGAAUUAUUAUAGGAUUAGUUUACGAGAUUCUGAUAUGUUUUAGUGUUUAUCUACUUAUUUAAAUUGUAAGAAUGUCUUAUUGUUUAUUGCUUGUCAAAUACGUAAAUGAUGCACCGUCAAAGUGAAACGGAUGACUGUUGUCAAUCUGACCACGGAGUGAAUAGUAUAUUUUGUUAUCAGGUUUGAAGUGAUAAU